CAUUACAUAAGUCCUUCGGGAUCAGUCAUUCGGGCGAAGGAUGGCGUCCAAAGAACGUGAAGUUUUCUUCUCUCGUGAAGAAAUUGGGCGCCAUAAGAGCGACGGAGAUUUAUGGGUCAUUCAUUCUGGAAAAGUUUACGAUAUCAGCAAGUUUUCUGAGCGUCAUCCAGGGGGAAAGGACGUUUUACUGCUAAAUAGCGGGCAAGAUGUAACUAGCAUCAUGAGCAACGGAGAAAUACACAAGCACAGUCAAAUUGCUUACGGCUGGCUGAAGAAAUAUAAUAUAGGACGACUCCAAGCGGAGGAAAAAAAGAAGCAUGUUAUUGAUGAGAAUGACUUGGACAAUGUUUGUACAGAUGGAUGGAGAGAGGACCUUGUAGACUGGAGCAAACCCAUGCUUGCACAAGUGGGAAACCUUGGUCCUAACUACGUCAAAUGGGUUCACUCUCCUGUAGACCGUCCACUACGUCUCUUUGAAUCCAGCUUUGUAGAGUUCUUCUCCCGAACACCUUGGUAUUUCGUGCCAAUCAUCUGGAUUCCUAUUGUGCUGUACCUGGCAUAUCUUGGUUUUUACCACCUCAAGACGGAUGACUUGGCCUUUGGUGAAUCAGAUGGGGCAGCUCUGCUUGUAUUGCUAGCGUUCUGUGGGUUGUUCUCCCUGGGGUUGUUUAUUUGGUCGUUUGUUGAGUACUGUCUGCACCGAUUUCUGUUCCACCUUCUGCCACCACCAGAUAAACCUUUUUGGAUAACAUUUCACUUUUUCUUGCAUGGCCAACAUCACAAGGUUCCAUUUGAUGGAGAUCGGCUUGUCUUCCCACCUGUCGCAGCCGCUGUGUUUGCCUUUGCCUUCUACAGUUUCUUUUUUGCAAUUCUCCCAUCUGGUACCGCCCACUCUCUGUUUGCUGGUGGUCUUCUUGGCUACGUUCUGUACGAUUGCAUUCACUACUACCUCCAUCAUGGCUCUCCUAGGAAGGGCGGGUACUUCCAUAAUUUAAAGAAGUACCACGUGGAGCAUCACUUUGAAUCUCAGCAGCAAGGUUUUGGGAUUUCCAGCCAGUUGUGGGACUUCCCUUUUCAAACACACCCUUGGAAAAGCAAGGAUUCCUAAGGUUUUACAAGGAAAACAAGCAAAGUAAUAGAUUAAUUAUGAAAAUUAAAUUAUUUAAGGGUAAAAGACCUUGAAUAGCAAAAUUUGAAGUCAAUUAAGUAUUUGUCUCUCAUGGUUUAAAUUGCAAUAGAAUAAGGAAUGCACUCAAUUAUUAUUCAAAUUGUAUUAAUAUAAGCACAUGCAUGUUUAUUUAAGUCAUACACAAAGUGUAAGUAAUACUUUUCACAAUAAUGUGAAAUUUUUUUAAUGUUUUGUUUCCGGUAUGGAAAGUAUUUAUUAGAAGUAUGUUGUAGUCUUAAUUCAACCCGAGUCUGCAUGCAAGAGUAUGCUCUAAAACAGAAAGUUAACUGUAAUGCAGGCCCGUACCCAGGGGGAGGGGGGAGGGGGCUGCAAGGGGUGUAUUCACACCCCCCCACAACAGCAGAAAGCCCACUUCCGGUUCCCAAUAGAUGAGCAAUUUGUAAACAAAUAUAUGAAGCAUAAACGAAUUGGAAAAAAAAGUAUUUCUAGAUCACUCUGGUAUGUAAAUUCUAAGUCAAACUUUGUAGCCAAAUCCGAAAAUACACUUCCCGUGGAGAUACAAUAACGUAAAAAAAUCCUUUUUUGUUCUUUUUGGGGUGAUCAGUUUUUUAUCAGAAAACUAACUACCUCCCCCCCCCCCCCAAAAAAAAAUAUUUUUCGGAUUUCGCAGCCCCCCCCCUCCCCCCAAGAAAAACCCUUGGUUUUUUUACUAAUCACAUACUCUUUAUUUCUUGUAUUGAGUUCUGUUACAAUUGUCAUUGGCUUAUUUGGCCAAUUAACAAUGACAUUUUAUUGUCAAGCAGACAGUAUUUUAUCAAUAUUGAAAUUCACCAAGUACUAACCGUAGUAUUUAUAUACUUAACGAGUAACAAACACAAGUGUGUGUUAUUAAAGACAAAGCUUGAAGGUCAGAUAGCUUAAAUAUGUGAAAAUGGAGCCUGAUCAAUUGUCAAUCAUCCGUCAAACAUUUCAAUUUUCAAUCAUAUUUUCCUUGGUUACAGCUCAGGUUCCAUGUUAUCUUUUAGUAACAACUUACAAAAGCUUCAUUUAAUUCACAAGGUUGUCUGUCACAAAAAGCUCACAUGUAAUAUUAGGGGGAAUAAAUGAUUAACUGGUGUAUAUAUAUUUAAGAACAAUUAAAUUAUUUACUUGUUA